AGUUAAAACAAAAAAACUGAUUACACCCUUUCCUACUUGAAUUUAAUUCUUGAUUUCGUUUGUGGUUUUGUUUACAGAUAAUCGUAAAUUCGCAUUCGCAUUAGAUUGUGAAUUAAUAGAGAAUUAUUUUACAUCGUCAAGAAAUUUUGUAUGUUACAAUAUUGUUUCAUCGUAUCACAGUUACAUAGUGAACGAAUAUAACCUCUUUUAAAGAGAUGGAAUCACGAACAGAAUUUAAAAUAAAAUCGCCUCCGACCGAUGCGAUUUCUGCUGUUGAAUUUGGCCCGAAUUCUACUCAGUUUUUACUCGUCUCAUCAUGGGACAGCACAGUUAGAUUAUAUGACAUUCAUGCAAAUAGUAUGAGGUUAAAGUAUAAUCACGAUUUGCCGGUUUUGGAUGUAGCAUUUCAGGAUGCGGUACAUGCUUAUAGCGGUGGCUUAGGAAACACAUUGAAGAUGUAUGACAUCAAUAGUAAUACUGAAUCGGUCAUGGGAACACACGACAAACCGAUCAGAAAAAUAGAAUAUUGUGGUGCGGUAAAUGCUAUCUUAACCGGUGGUUGGGAUGCAGCUGUAAAGCUUUGGGAUCCGAGAACUCCCACUUGCGUGGGUAGUUAUCUACAACCAGAUGUUGUUUUGGCAUUGUCAGUUUGUGGAGAUAAAUUUGUAGUAGGCACAGCCAAACGAAAAGUUUGUAUCUGGGAUUUAAGAAAUAUGGCUGGAAUGUUUCAAAGACGGGAGAGUAGUCUAAAGUAUCAAACGCGAUGUAUUAAAGGUUUUCCCAACGAGCAGGGCUAUGUUUUAAGUAGUAUAGAAGGUAGAGUGGCCGUAGAAUAUCUAGAUACGACACCUGAAGCACAGAAGAAAAAAUAUGCUUUUAAAUGUCAUCGGAUAAAAGAGAAUAACGUAGAACAUAUUUAUCCCGUAAAUGCUAUAAGUUUUCAUACCACUUAUAAUACCUUUGCUACUGGUGGAUCGGAUGGAUAUGUUAAUAUAUGGGAUGGUUUUAACAAAAAACGUUUAUGUCAAUUCCAUAGAUAUAACGCUGGCGUUGCUGCUCUUAGUUUUAGCCAUGAUGGUUCUGUUCUUGCUAUAGGUGUAUCUUAUUUAAAUGAAUCACAAAUACCACCUGGGGGUACGGACGAAAUAGAAAUUUAUAUAAGAUACGUAAACGACCAAGAAACUAAACCUAAGUAACAUUGUAUUAUUUUAAUAGGACCAUUUGUAAUUAAAAUGUUAUUUAAAUCGCGCGCUACAGAUCAGAUAGAAAUGACGUUAAAAACCUUUAACGAACAUUCUUUUUUUUAUGCGUCAUGUAAAUAUCAAGAAUCAUCAAGAUUUUACACUUUUAUAUUUCGGAAGACUUCGACUUUGUUAACUAUGACUGCUAUAUGUGUAUACAUUACAAUGUACUAUGUAUACAUUACAACGAUUCUUACAAAACUGGAUCAUUUUCUUUAAAAUUAUUUGACUGAACGGAUUAUUUGAAUAAAAACUACCAUUUUUCUAAA